AACGCGGCGCUGCCGAGGCGGCGGUACCGGGGAGCGGGCGGGAACCCACUUAAUUCAGUGCCCGGCGCCGUCCCCGUUCUUCCCUUUUCAGCCCUCACGUGAGGCGAUCGCCUGUGGACUCCCCGCCCAGCGCCCACCACGCCGCUGCGGCCGCCCCCGGGGGCCAUCUUGGGUGUGGCGGAGCGGGUCCAUGAGGGGGGCAGAGUGUGAGCGAGGGGACAGGGCGCGCUGGGCGCCGUGGUGGUUUGGUUUUGAUAAAAAGCGUGGUUUAAAGCUGCGCGGGUCAGCUCAGGAAGAGGCGAUUUGUCACUGUCACAGUGGAGGCGUAGUGGCUGAGGGCAGGGUGGCACCUUCACCCUGAGGGCGAAGUCCAGGUCGCGCUCCUGCCCCGUCCCUGAGAGCUCGCACUGCGGCACCGGGAGCCGUGUGGGGUUUGGGCAGCACCGGGAGCCGUGUGGGGCUCAGCACGGUGAUUGUUUUUCCGCCUGUCCGUGCUGGGUAAGGUGCCAGCCAUCCCCUCAUGGCUGCGGCGGGCGGGCCUGUGCCCACCUGUGUGCUGGGCAUUGACCUGGGCACGACGUCGGUGAAGGCAGCGCUGGUGACAGGGACAGAGCGAGGGCUGGCGCUGGCACAGAGCUGCUCCAGGGAGACGCAGGCAUACAGCGAUAGCCUGGGAGCUGCACCGCAGGGAAUGGAGCAGGAUGUCCAGAAAAUCAUAAAAGCAUUGAAUGAAUGCCUUGCUGCUCUGCCUCAGCAGCAGCUUCAGCGAGUCACCCACAUUGGUGUUACUGGACAAAUGCACGGGGUUGUGUUUUGGAAAAGUGAUAAAGGUUGCAAGUGGUCGGAGAGUGGCCCAGGCCCUGCCUUUGAGGCAGAGCAGGUCAGCCCCCUGAUCACCUGGCGGGACGGGCGCUGCAGCCCCUCCUUCCUCGCUUCCCUUCCCCUGCCACAGUCCCAUGUGAGCCUGGCUACAGGAUUUGGAUGUGCCACAGUCUACUGGUAUUUAAAGAACAGCCCAGAUUUUCUGAAGGCUUAUGAUGCAGCUGGCACCAUCCAGGACUACGUGGUUGCAAUGUUGUGUGACCUGAAGAAGCCACUCAUGUCUGUCCAGAAUGCUGCCAGCUGGGGAUAUUUUAACUGCAGAAACAAGAGCUGGAAUACUGACAUACUGAAAAAAUCUGGCUUUCCUGUCCACUUGCUUCCAGAGGUGGGAGACCCUGGCAGCAUUGCAGGCAGGACAACCUGUGCAUGGCAUGGAAUACCCAAAGGAGCAAAAGUGGGAAUUGCUCUGGGAGAUUUCCAGUGCUCUGUUUAUUCCUGCCUGACUGAGAGGACUGAUGCAGUUCUUAAUUUCAGCACCUCUGCUCAGCUGACCAUCUCAAUGCCAUCGGGUUUCCAGCCUCCUGAGGCACCAGAUCCUUCCUCAGCUCUCACUUAUUUUCCAUACUUCAAUGGUGACUACUUGGCAGUGGCAGCAUCACUCAAUGGAGGGAAUGUGCUUGCAACAUUUGUGGGAAUGGUGGCACAGUGGGCACAAGAGCUGGGAUUUCAGGUUGAGGAAUCUGCCAUCUACCCAAGAAUAAUCCAAGCAGCCUUGGCCCAAAAUCCCAGCAAGCUCUCAGUCCACCCAACCCUGUUUGGAGAGAGACACCUUCCUGAGCUGUUGGCAUCAUUCCAUUCCUAGGAAGCACAUGUUUCCACUGGAAUAAGGACAUGGAUUCCUCUCUGCUCAUUAACAACAUCAAGACUGACAUUUUUAUGGUGAGAAAGCUGUGCUGAGUUCUGAGAUCUUAAUGACAGAGAUGGCUUCAUUUCCUUUCCAUGUUUAGGGACUGUUGGCACAUUACAGAGAAAAUGUAGACUUAAAGGUGUUGCAAAAAGUCUGAAUUUGUUACAUGAUGUUUUCCCUGUUGCAUUAUUAUAAAUAUAAUUUUUAUCAGCAGGUCUGCUUUCAUUUUUAUUGAACAACAGGAAAGAGCUGAUGAUGCUGUUACAUCAAAAGCCUUUGCAGCAUUUUGGAUGCUGCUGAGGAGCUGCCUGUUGGUAAUCCAUAUUUAUGCAUUAAUAAACAGCCUUGUUACUCUGAGUACCACAGAUCCAAGGAGUAUAAUUAGUUUGCUAUUAAAUAGGCAAAUAUAUAAUUCUUUUAUAUAUUCAUGGGUAGAUGGCAAGACUUGAGGGACAACCACCUUUUGCAAAACAAAAGACAGAUAAUUUCAUUGAAUAAUUUCAUGUUCUGUUCAAAAUCUCAGGAAGUUGGAGGGUUGCUCCCAGCCUAGCAGCCUCUGGAAAAGCUGUUUCUCUAAACUAGUUUUUGUCAGAAAGAUCUUAUGUAAAUCAUAUAUUUAUCAAUAUAUGAAACAGCUCUGAAUUUUUGAGGGUGUUAGAUCCAUCCUGGAUUAGAUAAAUUGGGGUUUAAAUAAAACAUAGGAGGAAUAUGAGACAAUACAAAGGCUUUAGGGCUUACUGGUUCUUCCUCAACUCUGUUCUGAAUCAGCUUAUUGUUAAAAUAUUUAUCUUUAAAUCACCACCCAAGAAAGGUGUCCAGAAAGGUGAUUGUGGCAUACUUUACAAAGUUUUGUAAAUUAAAUUGAAAUUCAAGAAUUGAAACUGAUCCCCAGAAACAAUUGCAGUCUGGUGGUUUGGGUGCUGGUGUUUUGUUUUGUUUUGGGUUUUUUUUUUUUUGCAAACUUGAGUGUGUUUGCAAAGAGGAAAUCUGGAGAAGAAUGUCCAUUACUAAAUGCAAUUAAAGGGGAGGGAAAAAACAACAGCAACUUACUGCAAUUCUUGUAAAAAGCUUUGCUAAACCUCUGGGAAUAGAAGCCACUGAUGCUUCUGGUUCCAGAAUUGUUCUUAAUUAUCUUAUUGCUCUAUUCUCUGUUU